AUGUCCAAAUCAUCGUUAAAUUUAAAUAGAAAUAGCUUUAAUUUGGAGUCGUCUGCAGAGGUGGAUGGUAUUGUUAAUGAGCUUCUCAAUAUUGAAUUGAUCAACGCGUUGAGAUGGUCCACAGAGGUGCAAAUGAGACGCGAGGAGCGUGAAAUUACCCAAGAUAGCUUAGAUGAUGAGCUUAUUAGUAAAUUGAAGAAGCUCGGUGGUUCAAUUGGCGUUAGAGUCGCUGAGAGGAUUUCACAAGGCCGUGGAUCACUUGGAAAUGAUUUAGAAGUCAUCAAACUUCUCUGUAAAGAAAUUUGGACGCAUCUUUACGGGAAACAGCUUGAUAACCUAAGAACGAAUCAUAAGGGUACCUAUGUUCUCUAUGAUAACCUCUACAAGCCACUACUCAAUGUCAGCAGCUCAGAGGCAAAUGCAGCGAGGAGGUUGGAUAUUUAUCUUUCCACUCAAGUUGGUAUCAUACAAGGAUGCCUUAGUGCAUUUCAACUCGAUUCACAAGUCACCUACGAUAUCAAUUCACUGCCUGGAUACGACGUAGACGAGACUAUCGCAGCGCCUGAACCUGAAAUAAAGACUAUAACGUCUCCAGACAGCGAUGUUAUUACAUCCAUCGAAGUACGCACGCUGCCAGAUGGGAAGAGAGUACAAGUCACUAGAAAGUUUAAAAAAGUCUUGAAAAAGUCAAACGUCAAUCACUCAGUCGCUGAGCGUAAAAAUUGGCCAAAAUUUGGUCUCGAGAAGGGAAAACCACCUGGUCCAGACAGGGCAACAACCACCGUCGGUGAGAAUGUUGUUUUGAAAUUAUCUGCAGGAAACAAGGCUGCCGUUGAUGAGCCUUCUGAAGAGCAGUUGAUGAAGGAGCGUCUCAAAUCGAAGAAGAUUGUCUGUAGAUUGUGUAAAGGUGAUCACUUUACAACUAAAUGUCCAUAUAAAUCUACACUCGGCGAUCUCGAUUCUGCUCAAGAUUCCACUCAAACUCCAGAUGAAAGUAAUGCGAACCAAGGUACUGCCACUGCUGCAAGCACAACCGGCAAAUACAUUCCUCCUUCUCAAAGAGCUGGUGCUAGAGCUUCCGGUGCUGGUCCUGGUGCUCCUUCCAGAGAUGAAUAUCCUACAUUGCGUGUCACAAACGUCUCCGAAGACACACACGAAGACGAUCUCAAAGAAUUGUUCAAGAGAUUCGGUCGCGUUCAAAGAGUAUUUAUUGGUAGAGAUAGAGAAACGAGAGCGUCUAAAGGUUUCGCUUUCGUCAGCUUCGAGAUGCGUUCAGAUGCUGAGAAGGCCCUUGAGAAGGUUAAUGGCAUGGGUUAUGAUAAUCUUAUUUUGUCUGUACAAUGGUCCCAGCCAAGGGAAAAGUAA